CACGUCUUCCUGUYUGCCGUGUGUGUCCCCUUCCUGCUUUGUCCCCCUCAGGUGUCCAACUGGUUYGCCAACGCCAGGAGACGCCUGAAGAACACGGUGAGGCAGCCGGACCUGAGCUGGGCGCUCCGGAUCAAACUCUACAACAAAUACGUUCAGGGCAACGCAGAGAGGCUGAGCGUCAGCAGCGACGACAGCUGCUCCCAAGAUGGAGACAACCCUCAGAGGACACAGAGCGGUCCUGAGGAUCUCACCAAGCCCUUGUACCAGAGCGUCAUCAAGAAGGAGGGCUCCCCCAUGGUGGGCGUGGCCAUCGGCAUGGACYCAGKGCUGCGUUCUGCCGUGGAGGCYGAGGACUACGUGUCUCCACCCAAGUACAAGAGCAGCCUGCUGCACCGCUACCUGAACGACUCUCUGCGGCACGUCAUGGUGGCCAACGCUGUCAUGGACGCUCGCAAGAGGAACCAUUCUGGCUCCUUCAGCUCCAACGAGUUCGACGACGAGCUGCUGUCGCCGUCGUCCUCUGAAGCUGAGGCCCACUUCGUCUAUCGAGCCGAAGCCACAGACCAUGGAUCAAGUCAACAUGACAAGGGCAACGGUGGCGUCGCAGCGACGCAGAAGGAGAAGGUGAAGGCCAAAGAUGAGACGUACUGGAAGGAGAUCAACGCCGCCAUGGCCUUGACCAACUUGGCUCAGGGGAAGGACAGCGUCUCCGGGACAACCAGCUGCAUCAUCCAGAAGUCCUCCCAUAUAGCCGAGGUGAAGACUGUUAAAAAGGUUCUAGCUCUGACGUCCUCCCAUCCAAAUGUAGAAACCAGCAAACAUUCCUCUCUCAGCAAGUUUGAACUGAACUCCCCUUUAAAUGAAGAGAACUGUUACUUUCGGAGAGAAAAAGGCUUGUUUAAAGCUGAAGAAGAAAUCAUUUUGUCAUAUUGAAGUUCCCAUUUUGUAACAUUUCCCUGCCAUUAUCAGUGCCUUAACAUUUCCAUUCUUGAAGCAAGAAAGGUUUGUAAUGUUAUAUUAUUAUCCAAAGUGUCCUUAUGAGUUCAGUGAUGAUGAGCUAUGGAAUUGAAAAUCCUCUGGUGUCAAAAAGUAGCGGUACAAUAAGCUGGGUUAGGAUUCAACAUGGGGUAGAAGGUGCUUACAUCUGAUUAAAUCUUAUUUAUUGAAGGUUAAAAUUUUUACUUUAGUAUCUUUCAUUGUGUCUUUAAUGUUCUGUGGCAGUGCAUCUUCCCAGUGCAAAGUGAGACCCACUUUAGAGAUUUUUAAUUUGAAAUCGGAAUUUUGGAAGCUUUUUUUUUUUGUCUUUACUUUUCAUAUUUGUUGAAACUAUGUUGGGACAUUAUGGUAUGAGACAGAUAACCUAUUGAAGCUCCACUGCCUUCUCGCAGUGCUAACCAGAAACAACUAAUCAUAGCCAGGAGGCGGGUGUUAGUGCUGUCAAUCACCGGCUGUAUAAAAGUUACAGACUACAGCUUUAAGGCUUCUUUUAAAUCUUGUAUUAUGGCAAAUACUUAGAUUUCAGUGUUCAGUAAAUGUAGUUCAAAGUUAUUUUCUGUACCAAAGACCCAUAAACACGAUUUUGGAGAAAUCAAAUUGAAAACCUUCUGAUUGCCAGACUCUUACCACAGAGCUGCCUCAGAUUCACCACUAAAUCAGCCUUAAACCUGGUCACCGUGAUGCCUUUGCCACAGCUGCUUUUUCUGUUCAGCAAUAUAUCAUGUGACUAGUGAAAUAAAAAAUUUCAAUGAGAAUGACAGUUUCUUGCUCAGUUGAUCAGGUGCUGAUGUGAACCAUUGCGUGCCUCAUGGUUGUGUUGGGGUUGCCUGGAUGUCUGGUUGUUUUGUUUUGGUCAGUUUUGUUUAUCCAGACUGUUGCAUUAGGAUCAUGUCUUGGCAUCCAGUGGAAAGAGUCUGUUUCUAGAGAAAAUAGUUUUCCUAAUGGUGCACAUGUCAUAAACUUUUUGUGGUGAGCUUGGAAAAGCUCACAGUUGUAAAAAAAGAAAAAAAAAAACUCAUGUCCUUGGGAGAAAGUGAAGUUGGCCCUCUGUGCUGACUUUUAAUUUAAUACGCCUUCAAGGUAUUGUUCAUGUGUUAUGAAACCUAAAGUGUAACAUGAAUUGCUCAGUUUGAGUUUUAUGACAUGCAGACUGUUAUGAUCAAGGACUUUGCAAAAGAAUGAAGUUGCACAGUGACUUUUUUUUUGUUUUUUUACAUGCAUCAAAUAUUUAACAAAAGUCUGUACUUAAAGUUUGUGGUUGGGGAGGUGUUUCAACAAAAUGAAAGUUCAAGAAAUGAAGGGUGCCUUCGCGUUACUUCAGUCAGUGUGCCUAAACAAGUAGAAGGAAUUGAGUCAAACCUGCCAAUCCCCAGUAAGGCUGUUGGCCUCCUAUAGGUGUUUAUAUACAUCGGAUCCAGGCAGGGAGGAACUGGAUCCCCCGCCUUUGUUUUUGAACUUCUAGGUCACUCAUGAGCCUCACAACUCGCACACUGAGAGGAGGCAGGGGAAUGUAGGAAGGGUUCAGAGACAGAAAGUAUUUGCUGCCCUAACAACCAGAGACCGGUCACACUAAUUAGCCCAUGAACCCCACUGUGAACCCGACUGUCUGAAGUCUUCAACAAACUAUCCACUUCAUUUGGGAGGAUGCAGUCAGAACCUUUAAAUACACAUUUUAACAUGUUUCUUCAUACCUUACCUGCCUUGUAAAGUAACUACGCCAGCUGGAGUGUGAAGCCUCACUCAGGGAACGAUGGUUACCUGACUAAUCUGUCUGCAUUACGGCCAGUCAACAGAACUCUGUUGGGGUCGACGGUACAGUAAAUAAGUCGGGGAGGAGGGGAUAUGAGGACAAACAAUGAAGCUCAUUCCAAUCAUUUUGUAAAUUAAGUUUCUGCAUCAAUGAACUGAAGUCAUCCUCUGUGAUCCUGGACAGAGUCGAUGCCUUACCAGGAAGAACCUUGUUCCCUCGACAACAGAGGAGUCAUUGUGCAUAUUGUAGCAUCACGCAGUAAAUCAGGACGUAGGGAUGAAACAGAAACAAGAUGUUUUCAUUAUUUAUAUUUAAAAUGGCAACCAUCAGAUUGUUUUUAUGUUGACUCACAAAGUGAGAUUUUUUAUAUUUUAUUUUUUACUUAUUCAUAUGGAGACUGGAUGUACAGUCCAAUGACCAAAUGCAUAUCUCCCUUUUGAUUGAUUUGUUUUCAUGUGAAGUUGUUUUUUUAUGCUGCUUUAUAACAUCAAUGAAUAAAUCUCUGAAUGAA